GAAGACGCUAUGACUGUCAUGUCUGUGCUCAAAUGCCCCUUUAUGACAACGCUCCUAUUACAAUAUCUUCCGCUCACACUCACAACCAUAUACCUACUCCACGUUAUUCAAUCGGGAUAAGACAAUUUAUGAAUAGAUUACGAGAAAGAGGAAUGAUGGAAAACAUUGCACCACACUUAAUAGUAGAUCAAGAAGCUCACCUCAACCCUGAAAUAGCAAUGGAAAUUGGACGUCCAGCAGCAAUAAGAUCCAUUCACAGGGCAAGACGUAGAGUUAAUCCUUCCAUACCACAGUUAUUAAGUGAUUGGCCGGAUAUCAUCAAUUCGGACGAAUUUGGACCACAACUAUUAUACGUCAAUGGGACGAGAGAUUUUUUUUUUCAAGGUUCUCUUGAAAUCCUAAGGGAUGAUGGCAGUAUCCGAUUUGUUGGUUUAGUGUUCACAAAUGUCGCAUUUCUGCAGCAAAUGAAUGCACAUAUCCAAACUGUGAGAACACUAUGUAUGGAUGGUACUUUCCAAGUUCGUCCAAGACAACCGCCAGAUAUUGAACAAUUAUUCACGGUUCAGAUUAUUUUGAAUAAUGUGGCAAUUCCAAUAGUUCACAUCCUCAUGGUAGAUCGUCUGACGGAAUCAUACUGCAGAGUCUUACAAUUUUUACGGGAAGACUUGGAUUUGAAUUUAGAUUACCAACAAUUACAGAUCAUAACUGAUUUUGAACAAGCACUUAGAAAUGCUAUUAAUAGAGUUAUGCCUGAAGUCAACAACUCUGGCUGUUGGUUUCAUUUCAUCCAAGUUAGUGUUAAAAAUAGAUAUAAUUCAAAAUUAUAUGAGAAUAAAAUAAUACCAAAUUUUUUUCAGAGUAUUGUCCGUUUCAUAAGAAGCCAUCAGCUUACACAAUUAAGUACUACAAAUGAAGAUGCGAGGAGGAUCUUAAGAAUGUUGAUGUCAUUAGCACAUUUGCCUGCCGAUGAAAUAAGGUAUCACGGUGUGGCAUUUUCUAUCCAGUUGGGAUUUCAUGUUAUUCAAGACACUGUAACUGAGUACCAUCUUGAUGUGGAAUUACAUGAGCUUAUGCAAUAUUUUCAACGGUAUUGGAUGGACACAGUAACGCCACAAAGAUUCUCUGUUUACGGCCUCCAACAUAGGACGAAUAACUACAUUGAAUCAUAUCAUAGUUCACUCCUAAGAUUGAUGGGUCAACAUCCAUCUCUCUACCAGUUCUAUGAUCACUUACGAACAAUAGAGGAGAGGUCAAGAAAUGAUCUAAGAAGGGCGGUAAAUGGACAGCAGGUAAGACAGUUGAGCUAUUCUGUAAAUAAUCGAAGUACCACUACUAUUAGAAAUGCAUGGAGAUCAGUAGAAAAUGGCAAUUAUGAUUUACGUGCAUUUUUAAGAAAUGUGUCUUACAUACCGGAACAAAUCAUUAGGAACCAAAUAGGAGAGCAAAACUUUGGACUAAUGCCGGAAAUUAACAACUUGGCAAUACCCCCACGCGCAAGGGUUUUACGACCACUAUUACUGGGUCCACUGCGUCCACCACCGUUAGCUGUAGUCCCAGCAGUUCAGCCACCACUAUUGCGGAUUCAACAACCUGCAGUUCAUCAACCACCACCCAUUGAACAAGCGCCAAUACAACUUGCAGUUCAUCAGCCACCACCCAUUGAACAAGCUCCAAUACAACCUGCUGAAGUGGUUAGACGUAGAAAUCGUCAAAGAAGAGGUCAGCCUUAUUUGCGAGGUCAUCAUGAACCUCAAAACCAUGGUCGCCAAAUGGUAAGGGUGAAUAUGGAAGAGGCUUGGGCUGAAUUUUUAGUAGACCGUGAUGCAAGAUCGAUAUCUCCUGACCAAGAAAUGCUGGAGUUGUGCACUAUUUGUAUGGAUAGAGUGGUGACAGUUACAAUAAGACCUUGCAACCAUACAUUUUGUAGAACCUGCAUAAGAAGGAUGAGACAAGAACUGUACAAUGUAUGUCCUUUAUGUAGAGGACAAAUAAAUAAUUAUGAAAAUUAUUAGUUUUUACUAUAAUUUUAUACUUUUAUACAAUAUUAUGUUUUUUUUUUUAUUAUACCUAACCACUAUACAGUUUUUUUUUAAUUUUCCAAUCAGUUUGUUUUUUUAUUUGUGUUUAUUUCAUCCUGGCACCCAACAGGUAGGGGUUUUUAUUUUUUAAGUAAUAAAAUCAAGAAAAUUUUUGGUGAUUUAAAAAAAUAAUAAUAAAUAAAUUGCAGGUUAGGACAUAAUCAUAUUAUUUUUAUAGAGUAUACCAGUCAUCGGGACUAAUUCAAAGAAUAAUUUAUAAUAAAUACUUCCUUUUUUUAUUGAGAGAAUCUUAAUUAUAUUUUUUUAAUAUGAUUUGUAGGUGUUACAAUAGUUUGUUUAUUUGGUUAAUUUAAUUGUUCCAUCUUUUAUUUUAAAGUGCAUAAUUUGGGUAUAUUUAAGGAUACAAAAUCAUUGUAUACCUACUACUGCCCGGGCCUAUCAAGCAAGGCCAGAUUAUGGUCAUAAUAAAAGGGGGCUAUUACUUAUUAUUAAAAAUAAGUUCAUUUUUCAUUAGUAAGAUUUUUAGUAAUUUGUAAUAAAUAUUAAUAUUA